ACGGUGCUUCACAACAUACAGCCACGGAUUAAAUAUAUAGAAAUGUUUAGGACAUUUUGUAUUUACACAAAAGGAAAAACACGAACGCAAACUUUCUACAUAACUUUAGUUUCUAUAUGGUAAAAAUAAACAAUUUUGAAUUUGAAUGUUUGAAUACACAGAAAAUCAGUCUUCAAAGCAUCAGAUUUUGGGCAUUUAGAUACCAAAGCCUUUAGUGGUUUUGUAGUUACUUCCAACCAACUUAAAUGUGCUAAAAUUAAGCCUUUGUUUAAUUUGUGUAAUUGUCGCACAAUGUUUAUUCAAACACAAGAGACACCAAAUCCAAACAGUUUGAAAUUCCUGCCUGGUACUCAAGUAUUGGAACCAGGACAAACAAUAGACUUUCCUAAUAUUGGUGCAGCUCAAUGCAGCCCUUUAGCAAAAAUGAUAUUUAGAAUAGAAGGAGUUAAAGCUGUUUUCUUUGGUUCUGAUUUUAUAACUGUAACAAAACAGGAUGAUGAUGUUGAAUGGAAACUAUUGAAGCCAGAUAUAUUUGCGACAAUAAUGGACUUCUUUGCUAGUGGAUUGCCAGUGGUUACUGAUGCUAAACCUUCUGGAGAUACACAAAUAAACGAAGAUGAUGAUGAAAUAGUGCAAAUGAUAAAAGAAUUGUUGGAUACUAGAAUAAGACCAACAGUGCAAGAAGAUGGUGGGGAUGUUCUGUUUGUAGAUUUUAAAGAUGGCAUUUUAAGGCUUAAAAUGCAAGGCUCUUGCUCUUCAUGUCCAAGUUCCAUAGUUACUUUGAAAAAUGGAGUUCAAAAUAUGAUGCAGUUUUAUAUUCCUGAAGUACUCUCUGUGGAACAAAUUGAUGAUGAAGGAGAGAAAUUAAGUGAAAAGAUCUUCAAAGAGUUUGAACAGAUAAAACAAAAGGAAAAGAAUAAAACAGAUUAAAGUAGUUUAUUAGUUUUACAUUUGUAUAUAGCAUCAAGAAUAAUAGAGUUUAUUAUUUGUUAUUAAGUGUUUUUUUCUUCUAUGUAUAUAAGAGAUCACACUACAGCAUUGUGGGCAAACAUAUUUGGUUUAAUAAAAUGAUAAAUUUUCUCAUGGUGUUAAA